AUGUCACAUUCCAUUUCGAUUGCUAUCACAGUUGUAAUAUUAGUGUUCAUUCUCUUGUGUUAUAUCGUAUGGAUUGUUGCUAUAUGGAGAUCUGACACGGCUUCUUCAUCAGCCUCCUCCUCUUCCUCACACUCAUCCAAGAAUCGACUUUCCAAGAUCAAGCUGUUGUUUUACAGUUGUGGAGUGAUGUGUCAGACCUUUAGUGUAUUUUUCUUGUACAUGCUUGCCGGGUUUUAUGACUGCAGUUUGAAUGAAAUUGAUAGAGAAACAUUGGAACGAACCUUGAGCAGAUUUGCACCUUCAGUUGCAUGCUUUGGGGCUGAAAACUUGAUACUUCUUGUGGUGUCCAUUAUGGGAACAGUAGCUUUGAUGGUGUUUGUGAUGUUUUCCAGAAGUAUUACUCAAAGCUUGAAUCCGCUCAGCUCUGUACCGUUUACUUCGUCCCAUCCCUUCACAUUGGCGCUAUUAGAUAUCGUAAACAUGCUUGGAGUGGUUGCCUUAUUUGCAAUUCCAAUGGAGUAUGGCUAUGCUGCUCAUGCUGUCAAUUGUGUAUUGUCUUUUGUGUUCCUGAUUGGACUUGUUUACACUUGCCCAUUUUUUAGAAGAUUUGAAAAUUCAAUCAUGUGUGGAGUUGCAUGUGCUCGUUUAGGUGCUAGUGUGGCCACUCUUGUGACAUCCUUAAUUGGCGAUCAAAAAGUCAGUCAGAUGGAUUCCUCUCUCGUCAUUGGUAUUCCUCUCAAAAUUGGUUUGAUUUUAUUGUGUGGGGUGUGCUCAUUUGUAGUCUAUGAGAUCUACUUGAUGAUUACAGCACGGAAAGUUAGAAAUAGAGUCCUCUCUGAAUUGUAUGACAUUAUUCCAGUUGAACAACCAACAAUGAUAACUGACAAGAAGACUAUGAAGAGCUUUCUUGAAGCCAAAGCAGUAUUAAUUCUUCAAGAUUUCAAUGACUCCAAUACCCUCCGCAAUUUAUCCACGUUUUUCAAGUUUGCAAUGAAAUCCAACCAUGUCACUCAUUUGGAUCGCAUUACAAACGAUGAAGGACUUCCAUUAAGCAUUUCUGAUAGGGAAAUUUGUCUCAUCUUUGUGAAAACAGCUCAAAAUAGACGAUUCAAAAACGUGAAUAUGUUACACAAUCUUGCCUUGCUGAUUGCAUACGAUCAACAACAACCUAAUGUUGAUAUUCCGCUUGAACUGAUGCAAAGAAUUUCAACACAUUCCUCAAGUGUAUUGGAUCAAAUAAUUGCACAAUAUAGAAUCAAGGAAAUUCAGCACAAAAGCGCUUCAAUCUCAAGUGAAAGCUUCUCCGUGAGCAGUGACAUGAAAGUUCAACGUUUAAGAUAUCUUCAAGAUUUACUACUUUCUCUUCAUCGAGAUUUUUGGAAAGAACUCAUUCAAGAACCUGUGAAAUAUUCAAAUGUGGAAAAGAUUACACUCAAAAUUUCGGAAACCGCCAACGAAUGUAACAAGUUAUUUAAUGAGCUCCUCGUUCACAGAAAGAAUAAGAAUCAUCUUCGAAUGUAUGCUACUUUUGUAGAACUGUUUGAAUUUGACAAGGAGCUUGCAGCAAUGAUUCACGAUGAAGCCAACCAACUCGACGAGGAGCAACGCGUGUCAACUUCCAUUCGAAAACCUAAAAAGAAUCAAGUAGUUCCCAAAUUUUCGAAGAGAGAAAACUCCAGUAUCAGUAAUCGAUUCAUGGCCGCUGCUUCAAGAGAAAAUAUUCAUUCACUUUCAAAGAAGAUGACAAGCUCAGAAAUCGCCUCUCCGCAAGACCUUGGGUUUUCCAAAAAGAAAGAAGCCAAUGAGGACACCAAUGACGAAUUGACAGAGGAUAUGAACUUUGAUGACAGUGCGAGUGUGGGUGGAUUUGAGAGCACACCAGCAUUCGAGCAAAAGAAGGAAUAUCUUUUUAACAAUGCAUUAAGAACAAGAGUGUAUUCAGAGAGCAUUCUUUUUGGAGCUUUCAUAACUUUUCUUCUGUGUUGUGUGGCGUUUGUAAUUGGUGGAGUUAUCAUCAGCGUCCAUACUGUUUCAAAUAUUACGGAAGAUGUCAUGUAUUUGAGUCAGGUGUGUUUACCUGAAACUUCUCCCAUCUCUGUUAUGAAAACGGUUAGAAAUAUGCAGAGUUGGGUCAAUAUUUGGUUUAAUCAUGAAAAGAAUGAAUGGCCAACGCAGUAUGGAAAAUUCGAAAUGAGGCCUAAAAUUGAUGUUGUCAACUCGUAUUUUGACAGAUUGAAAAAGGAGAAAGUUUUCUUUGAAAACUUGAUUCGAAUCUCUGGACAAAACAAAUUUGACCUGGCUGCCUAUACAGAAUAUGGACAAACUAUUUAUUAUACCAAAAUACCAACCACGUCAAACAAUUCUAUCAGCAGUAGUGGAGAUCUCAUGUUUAUUGGAGAACCCAUGUUGAGAAAUGUUUCUGUCAACGGGCUUGCCAAUUAUUACAUCCACCUCAUUGAUACUCUUAUAGAGCAAUAUCCAAUUGCAGAGAUGACCUUAUUAUCUACACAAAAUAGUGACAAUAUGACACUUCUCAGGAAUGUUAUGAAAAGUCCAUUGAUGAAUCCAAUCUAUGACUACACAUUCAACUACUUGUUUCAAAAUUUAGAUUUGAGUUUUGAAACGCUCAAUUCAUUCUGCACUCAUUUCGUUGCCAAUAGUAAGACAUCGACCAGUGCUCUCAUCAUCAAUGUUGAGAUUUACUUUUUGAUAGUAUUAUGUUUGACAUUUGUAAUAGGUCUGAUCUUCUUGGUCAUGAUUCGUUGGGCCCAAUUACAAUCUAAACGGUUGGUUAAAACCAUUGAAAAACAAUUAACAAAGGAAUCUAUUGGUAAAAUAUAUCAAGGAUUAUUGAAUAGUCAAAAAACAAGUGUAGAUGCUUCAUUGGAUUCGACUUUUCUCACAAAGAUUUACAAAUCAAAACUUUCCAUAGCCAUUGUAGUAAUUCUCUUAUCAUUACUUGUUAUGAUGUGUGUUGGAAUUUUCUUUUAUGAAGCAAACUUUAAUGCAAGCCAGGCCCAAGUUUCAUUUGUGAAUUUGGCUGCAGCCUCAAACGUGAUUGCCCACUUGCAAUACAUUGGAUUCUACAUGGAAGAAGUUUUAGCUUUUUAUGGCCAAGAUAGAAACUCGAGCGCUUAUACGUUCAAAACCUCAAUAGAUCAUCCACACUUGAAAGUGGCACCUACGAUCGAAGCACUUCAAUCCAAAUUACUGAGUGAAAUUAACAAUUUAGUUUACAAUUGGAACGAUCUAAUUUUUGGAAAUAUUAAUUUGGAAAAUGAUUUGCCAAUCAUUGGACUUUAUCCUUCAGUGGACAAGUUGUUACAAACUGGAGUCGAUAACUGCACUCAAUAUUUUGAACAAAACAACUUGACCAAUACUCUAACCAAUUACUACCGAUAUUGUGUUGGUAUUCAAAGUUUGAUGAACGAGUACAUUACUGGUGUCAGUGAAGUUGCAGAAAUUACCAGAAAGUACUAUAUAGCUCAACAAGCAGCAUUGAACACGACGCAAUUGGAAGAAAAAGAAACCUCUAUUUUCCUGAAACACUAUACCAAGUAUUGCAUGAAUCUUCCUCUCACAGACAAACUUGUUCUUUUUAUGAAUGAAUUCGUCAGAGUCUCUUCAGAGAUGAAAUUAGUCAUGGUAUUUUCAUUUGGAGUUUUUGGAAUAUUGAGUUGUUUCAUUUUAGGUAAAUUAUUACAUUCCAUGAUGAAAAGUGGAGCAGAUCAUUUUCAACAUACGAGAAUGUUACUGAACUAUAUUCCAGUGGAGCUGCUUGAUAAGAAUGAACAAUUGAGAAAUCUAGCUCUAUAUAAUCAGUUCUCGAACCCAAUUCUUGACAAAUUGAACGCGUCAUCUUCUUCCUCUUCGAAUGGGUCCAACGAUGAAAAUUCAUUCACUGGCAUUUGUCACAUCAUGAAUGCCAACGUGGAUGGUUCUCUCCUCAUUAACACUCAAAGCGAGGUUGAACUCAUUAACACUCCAGCUCUGAAAAUGUUUGGCAAGACGACCACGGAAACUCUUGGUGCCUCGUUUUACACAUUAUUUGCUCCAGAAUCUCAAGAAGUGAUUCGAAAAGUUGUACACUCACUCAUUGAACAAACCACAAAAUCUCCUCAAACCACAACAUUCCAUGAAACUCUCGAAGUCGAUGCAUGUCUACGAAGCAAUCAAUCCAAAUUCCCAGCCAAAAUCAACUUUUUCACAAGUCACAUUUCGAAGGAAAAUAGGACCAUCAUUGCCGUCACCAUUACUGACAUUACUUCACAGAGAAAACAACAAGCUCUAUUGGCUGAAGAGAAACAACACUCGGAAAAUCUAUUGAAAAAUAUUUUACCUGAAAAUGUGGCAGCUCGUUUGAAGAAGGGAGAAACCUUUAUAGCAGAAGCGCUCAAAGAUAUUACCUGCUUCUUCAGCGACAUGGUUGGCUUUACUAAAAUUAGUAGCACCAUGUUACCCACAGAUUUGGUAAAAAUGUUAAAUGCCAUAGUUCAAGGAUUUGAUGAAUUAACCGAACUCUAUCAAUUGGAAAAGAUCAAAACAAUUGGAGAUGCCUAUUUUGCAGUAGGUGGAAUUAAUAAGAAUUGCUCAUCAGAUCAUCCAGAACGAACGCUGCGAUUCGCUCAAGAUACCUUUAAAGUCAUUCGAGAUUUCAAUGAAGGAAAAUUGUGUGGAAAUAUUUUAGAUGUUGAGAGUAAUCAACAAUUGAAUAUUCGUAUUGGAAUUAACACGGGAGGAGUGGUUGCAGGUGUGAUUGGAUCGAAAAAGUUUGCCUAUGAUUUGUGGGGUGACACUAUUAACACUGCAUCAAGAAUGGAAUCGACAGGAGUUCCUGGACGUAUUCAGAUCAGUCGUACUACCUAUGAGAGAGUUCAUGAUAUGGGUCUCGAGUUUGAAGAACGUCAAGUCGAAGUCAAAGGAAAAGGUCUAAUGCAAAGCUAUCUUUUACUUGCCAAGCAUCAUGCCAAUCCCAUUGUGGAGCGAGAGGCGCUGGAAGAUGACGAUGAUGAAAAUCAGUGUAUUGAUCAAGUCAUGCUAUUACGAAAUGCCACAUCGACCACUUUGUCUGGCUUGGGAAGCAGUGGAUCUUUGUGUAUGGAUAUUCCACCAGCCUCCCCUUCAACCAAGUCAAAAGACUCAGAAGUUCGAACUGGCGCUGAAUCUGCCAACAGAGAACAAAUACCGAAUAGAGACAAGAUUUCAUGUACCAUAGUAAAUAAUUUAAAAGUUGUAAUUGAUAUUAUUAUUUAA